UCAAUUAUUCCAGUACUUCUUCCAUUUUUCGAUCAUCCGCUCGUCCAUGGCCAGCAAGCGAGGUGAGCAGGAUUACCAUGGAGUUUUCACCACGAAGACGGUGGUAGUCCACCCGAAAGCUCGCCCUCCUCUCACCUCUUCCUCCUCCUCCUCCUCCUCUUCCACCCUCCUCCACCUCUCCAACCUCGACACAAAGUGCCCAGCUCUCAUGUACUUGGUCUUCUUUUACCGACCAACCCAACCCCCAGCCUCCUCCUCACUUUUCUCUUCCUUAAAGAGAGGCCUGGAGGAGGCCUUGUCUUCCUGGUACCCCGCCGCGGGCCGCCUCUGCUUCUCCCCACCCUCGGGGAAGCUCACCGUCGCCUGCACCGGCGCCGGUGCACUCCUCGUCGAGGCCGCCACCGCCGUUAAGAUCUCUGAUCUCGGCGACCUCUCCCAGCCCAACGACUUCCUCGACCGUCUCGUCUUUAAGCCUCCCGUCCACGCCCCGCUCGAAGAAACACCUCUAGUCGUCGCUCAGGUGACGAGGUUCGCGUGCGGUGGGUUCGCGAUCGGCGUGGGCACCAACCAUGCCUUGUUCGACGGGGUGGCCAACUACAACUUCCUGAAUGCAUGGGCGAGCAGGGCAGUGGGAGGGGGGAAGCAGAUCUGUGAUCAUCAUGAGCCAGUAGUACUGCACGAGAGAGGCAGGCUUCAGCUGGCAGCACUUGAUCAGCAUGACCAUGGCGGCGACUUUAACGAUCAAGAAUUCAUGGCCCUCGGCCACCUCCAUCAGCUCAUCAAACAGGCCGCAGCAGUGCGUGAAGAGGAGAGGAGCCAUGAAGAUCAGAUCAAGAUGGUGCUCAGGACAUUUUCUGUCGGGUGUGGCAUGGUGAGCAGGCUCAAGAACAAGGCGGCUUCCAAUUGCACUUCCUUUGAGGUGGUCGCAGCUCACCUUUGGAAGGCACGGACCAAAGCCCUCAACAUCGCCGGGCACAAGACAGUUUGCCUACAGUUCACCGUCGACGCCCGCGACCGCAUUCGCCCUCCGCUGCCGCCCUCCUUCGCCGGCAACGCCUUCGUCCUCUCCUCCCUCCUCUCCACUGCCGCCGACCUCGACCGGCUCCCCUUCGCCGCCCUCGUCCUCCGCAUCCAGGCCGCCAAGCGCGCGGUCACCCACGCCUACGUCGCCCGCUACGUCGCCGCUCUCGGAGAGACGGCGCCCCGGACCUCGCUCCCGCCGCUGCCAGAGCUCACCAUGGUCUCCGACUGGACCAAGACGCCGUACCACCGAGUUGACUUCGGCGCCGGAGAGGCCGCUUACGUGGCGCCCUUAGCCACGCCGAUGCCGCAGACGGCGUACUUCUUGCAGAGCCCCGGCGAGGCCGGGAGGGUGGACGUCAGGAUUGGGCUGCCGGAGAAGAGCCUCCGAGCAUUCGAAAGCUAUUUCCUCAGUGGAUUCUGAGUCUAGUAAUUUUAUUAAAAAUACCAUAGAUAUAAGAAAAUAAUAUCAGCAGAGGUGCAUGAGAUGAGAUGAAAUUAUGUACCUUAAAAUAAGGAUCUGCUACUGUGAAACAAGGCAUGUUUUCUGCUUCAGGGCUAGAAGCAGAUAGUUUCGAUAUUAUAUAUAUCUAUAGUUGUAUUUAAAAAGAAAAUUCAGAGACCUUCAA